AGUCCUAAUUUUAAGAGGUGAUAAGGUUUGGCUAUUACGACGCAACAUUCAUACUAAAUGGCCGUCUGAGAAACUAGAUUAUCAAAAGUUAGCCUAUUUACUAUCUGUGAAAAAGAUUAAUACAGUAUCAUACUGUUUAACUUUACCUCCAGCAUUCAAAAUCUAUAACACCUUCCACAUAUCUUUGCUGGAGCCAUACAUGGUGAAUACAUUCCCUGGAAGAGCUAUUGAACUACUACUGCUCAUGGUAGUUGAUAAAGAAUAUGAGUAUGAUGUUAAUGAAAUACUUGACACAAAGUUAAUCUGA